CAGUAUAUCAUUGUGUUUCAUUUGAUAUUUGCUAUAUCUCACUUGGUAACUUAUACGUCCUUAAACAAGAUGAAGCAUGAGUAUGAAGCCAUAAUUGGUGGAGAUGAUAUAUUGGAUGAUACAGGAGGACAGAAGGAACGGAAAUCUUGGACGAGAAUCGAUAAGCUCUUGUUGAUAUUUUGUGCCCUGUGCGAUUUUGCAGAUGGAACAGAAAUUGAUCUACCUGGAAUGAUUACACAACAAGUUUCGUGUGACAUUGAACUGUCUUCAUGGAAGGAAGGAUUACUGAAAUGUAGUUUAUACAUCGCAUUAGUAAUUUCAACUUUCUUUGCCGUAGCACUGUCAAUAAGGUUUGGAAGACGAAAGUUGAUUAUAAUCUCGCUCUACCUGAGUGCAAUAAGUACAAUAGCAUGUGCUAUAGUUGCAGACUUUAACACUCUCCUUCUUUCCCGAAUACUCCUUGGCUUUUGUCUUGGACUGAGACACACACUGCUUUAUGUUUGGGUCGCUGAGAUGGUUUCCAGUCAAGAGAUUCUAGCUAAGAUUUUAAUGGUACAGUCCAUAGUGUACUAUGCGGGGGAAAUGUGGUCGUCGGUGUUGGGGUUCCUCCUACUUGAGCAAAUUGGAUGGAGAAUGUUCUUUCUUUGUGCGUCAUUACCCAUGAUCAUUCCACCAAUCAUCAUGCUUCACUGCUGUUUCACAGAGGAAGUAGGCCCACAGAUAGAAUACAGUGAUGAGAAAGAAAUAGUGACCGUCCCUAACUUUGUUGGCCGAACCACCAAACUAGGGUUGCUCUUUGCUUGUAUAACUUUCAAUGGCUGGCUUACCACCCUCCUCGUUCCAGCCCUGAUCAAAAUGUUCAAUAUCAAGGAAGCAGGAUCUAACAGUAAUUGCUCUGUGACCAUGACUCGAGGGCCGGAACUCUUGUUACUGGGACUCGUUAACUUCGCAGCCAUACCCUCUACACUGCUCACCCACUGUAUUAAAGGAAAGAUAGGAUUUCGCAAACUACAGGGUGUAAUUGCCAUGAUAUGCAUAGGAAAUUUUGCACUUAUGCUCACACAAGAAAGCCUCGAGGUAGCGAUUUUAACCAACUUCAUAGCUAAGUUCGUGUACGGGAUCACUGCCUUGAACAUAUGUUACGUACUCUACGACGUGAACUACUUUGGAACAAAAGACUUUGCUCUAGGUAGUAGCACGGCCUGCUCAUUAGGUAUGAUAGGAGGGAUGGCCGGGUCGGCAAUGGUCUCUUUUGCUCCCACAUCGUCCGUUAUAUUCACUGCUUUGGUGCUCUCUGCUGUUCAGAUAAUGGUCCUUUUCUCUAUGCCAGAGGUGCAAGAAGGGGAGAUGGAAAAGUUGCAAGAAGAGGAGAUGGAAAAGGGGGCACAAACUUUAAAGUGAUCAGAACAUUUCAAAAUUUAUUUGUUUUAUUUUUUUAAAGCUUCAGAUUUAAUUUUUUUAAAUGGAAACAAGUUCGAAUUUUACGAGUUAAGUCAAAGUUAGAAUACUGCAUAAAGAAACUCGAUUGUAGAUUAUACAGUAUGAACAGAAACGGCGAAUUCCAGACUUUGUAAUAAGUAAUUCUCUAAUUGGCAUUCGGGACAAAAUACUGAUUCCUACUGAAUACCAUAUAUUCGAUGAUUCGGUAACCCUAGGUAGUAGGUCAUAUCUUUUAUCUUACCAAACUAUUAUACUGCUAAAUAUAUGUCCGCCUGAUGCCGUUGUUAGUGUUACAAUUCGAACUUAAAUAAUUUGCUCAAUUCAGAUUUAUUUCAUGGCUGCCUUUUUGGGAUUUCCUAGUGUCAUGAUUUUUUUCUUGUUCUAUACCUGCAACGAAUUGUUGAUUGUUUUACUUCUUAUCAGUUCUGAAGGAUCGCUAAACAGUCUAGUUUAGCGAUUUUCAGAAUGCUUGAACAAUUAUCUAACUUAACUAUGCCCUCAAAUUUUGAAUAAAAUUACUCCUUAAUCAUGGUGUUAAAUCGAUUUGAAAAGUUGUUACUUUGUCAAAAAUCAAGUCAUCAAGUGGUAAUGAUGAAGUUAAAUUAUUUUUUGAUAUAAUGUAAAGUCUAGACAAUUAUCUUCAAGAUCUGUGGUCUG